CACCCGCCCAGAGGCGUAUUAAACACUCGGCCUGGGAGUGUAAGAGAGAGGGACACAGAGAGAGAGAGAGAGAGAGAGAUGAUGUGGGUGGGGCCGGUGGUCCUGCGUAAGGCCUGAGUGUUUGUGUUUGUGUCUGUGCGACAGAGAGUGUGUGUGUGUGUUUGUGUGCAUGUUGGUUUGUGUGUGUGCGACUCUCGGCCCCCGUGUACUGUAGAAACACUUCUCAGAGGAGAGGGGGAGGGUGUGGCAGGACCUCAGCGAGAGGACCCCAGAUCUGCUACAGAGUCCCAUCAUGGACUGCUCGGACGAAACCCCUCUUCUACCAGAUACACCUAAGGGCAAGAACCCCAAAAAGGGACGUGGUCCCAAGCUGACCGAUUGGUGGAUAUCUGGCUGGAGUCCCGCCCACUGCCCCUGCUGUGCAUCUGAUAGGGUGGAGCCGCUGGUGCUGCUGCAGCUGGGAGAGACGGUGGAGUCAAACACCAAGAACUGGAUAAUGAGGCUUCUGUCCAAGCCACAGACCCAGGGAGGUGCUGGCCUGCUUGUCCACCCUGGGGAGGACGACUUCAAUGAUUUCCUGCUGCUGUCCGCAUCACGCUGUACUCUGCUGCAGGCCACUGAGGAGCUGGGUCUGUGCCGACCCAACCAGGAUGGCAACAUGGCCGCAUUCUCCUUGCACAACAAGGAGCUCUUCAAAAACUCAGACAACAUGCAAGAGUUUCUUACUCUGGCAGAGCGCCAGUAUAUUAUUAAAUAUGAGCUGGAGUCUCUCAAAACGCUGGGGAUCCUACGUAUCCCAGGAGUCCCUUCAUCUCUGGGGCUUCUCAAGUCCUGGGAAAAUGUCUUUCAGAGACUGCGGAAGGCUGGUUUGAUAGUGGACAUGUUGCCGUUGCACAACCAGAAGCAGCUUGUUGCUCUGAGGAAGGAGUGGUACUCACACACAAGACUCUGGGGACAGCCACUGGAUUCUAUCCAGUCCUACUUUGGUGGAUCGGUAGCAUUCUACUUCAGCUUCCUGGACUUCUACACACGUGCUCUGAUGCCCAUGGCUCUUCUGGGCACCGUGUUGGCAAUGAUGCCACACGAGAUGGGCAAGGCUGCCCUUCCGGACGACACCGAGGAGCCGCCAGCAGCGACGACGGAGUCGGAUUCCGAUCCGGAGUGGGCGUCACCCGGCGGGCUGGUCGUCAUGGCGAUGGUGAGCAUGCUGUGGUCCACGCUCCUGCUGGAGCUGUGGAAGCGGCGGAGCUCCACCCUUGCGUACCACUGGGGGACCGAUCGCCUGACGGAGCAUUUCGCCGAGCCACGGCCCGCCUUCCGUGGCGAGCUGGGGACCAACCCAGUGACCAACCGCACGGAGCCCCUCUUCCCCGCAUGGCAGCGGCAGCUGCGGCUGGCCCUAGUGUCCCUGCCCCUGGUGGUUGUGUUCCUGGGGCUGGUCGUGUUGGGCAUGGGGGGUUUCUACUGGGCAGAGAGUCGGGCACGGGGCUGGCACGAGAGCAGCCAAUCGCUGGUCAGCAGGGUCAUGCUCUACGUGCCGUCUGUGGCCCACAUCGUCUACACCAACAUCCUGGGCACAGCCUACGGCAAAGUGGCGUUAACGCUAACGGAGUGGGAGAACCACCGAGAAGAAUCGGCCUUCCAGAAUCACCACACCACCAAAGUUAUUGUGUUCACCUUCUUCAACUGCUUUGCGGUGUUGUUCCACAUUGCGUUUGUGAAGCAGGACCUGCCUCUACUCCAGAAGCGCCUGGCCUCUCUGUUGAUUGUGACCCAGCUGGUGAGUCAGUUGACUGAAGUGGCCGUGCCAUUCGCCAUUGACCGCAUCUUUAACGCCCCUGAGCGCAAAGAGGAGGAUGACGACCAUGAGGUCGACGCCAUAAUAGCCCAGAGCAACCUGCCGACUUUCCCCGGUCUGUUCUCAGAGUACAUUGAGUUGCUGGUGCAGUUCGGCUACCUGAGUUUGUUUUCGUGUGUGUACCCGCUGACGGCGCUCUUCCUGCUGCUCAACAACCUCACGGAGCUCCGCACUGACGCGUUCAAGCUCUGCAAGCUCUUCCGCAAGCCCUUCCACCCACCCACCGCAAGCAUGGGGGUCUGGCAGGCGGCGUUCGAGGUUCUGGGUUUUAUGUCAGUCAUGUCAAACUGCUGGCUGCUGCUCAUGUCUCCACGGUUACAAGAAUUCUCUGAGGAGGCGGGGCUGAAUGGCACACAGCUUCUUGUGGUGGCUGUUCUAGUGGAGCACAUUCUCAUCGUGGUGAAAUUGGUCGUGGCCUUCAUCAUUCCGGAUGAGCCAGACUGGGUGAGGAUCCAGAGGGAGAAGAUUGAGUUCCACUCCAUGCGCGCCCUGGGCGAGCAGAAGCUCUGAAAUCCACACAGAGAGGAGACAGGAGCUGGUGCAUCGCCAGCAGCCUCGUCCAGCAAGAGGUGAGCAACAGCCACCCAUAGCACAACCUGUCACAAAGAUUCUAACGACAGAUGGAGAUUGAAGGCGAUGGAGAAGAUAGAGAUGUGGUGGAGGGAGAGGAAGAUGAAGCCUUACACAUGGAUAUCGUAUCUAUGCUUCCUCCUACAGAGGACCACCACACCACACCACCAUCGUAAUCAUCAGAGGUGUAAAUGUCUGGCUUCAAAAUGUAAAAGUCCUGCCACAUUUUUGUUCCAACCAUUCACUUAAUCAGCUGAUUCUAAUCAGCACAGCUCUUAAGCCAGGUAGAUCAGGUAAUUAGUGAAAUCACCUGUGUUAAGCACACAGGUAGAACCAAUACAUGGCAGGACUUUUACUUUCUAAAGCUGGACUUUUACAUCUCUGAUAAUCACUGAUAAUCAACACCACACAAAAACAUAUCACUGCAUUGAAGUAUACUGUAAUGCUUUGUUAUUGUCUUGCCAAAGCAUGAUGAAGCUAGAUAGCUGCGUCUCACCAUAGCCUAUAAUAUGUUUGCAGACUGCCUGGACACUUGCUUGAGUGAACUUUAGUGAAGUUUGGUUUCACACUUACAGCCUUGGUGUGGCGUGUGAAAUGAGCAUCCUCUGGGUGUUUACCACUUAAGAGAACUGAGUUGUAAUCUCUCACAAAGUGUGUGACUUGAGAGAGUCUAAUGCCAUGAAAGCAGACAUUAAGGCUUCAAAACUACUAAGCAACAUAACUAUACAUAACAACAUAACUAUACAUAACAACAUAACUAUACAUAACAACAUAACUAUACAUAACAACAUAACUAUAGCCAGACAAUAGCUGAGAAGAGAGAGGAGAACCCUAUUGCCUUAACGUUUUUAGCCAUGCUCAUGAAGUAUUAAAUGUACGUUGGAGCUUGGGAUUGGAUUUCACUGAGGAAGGCAUGCUCUUCUUAUGUGCUCUGACUGUAAGGAGCUAAUGCAUAUAAUUAGUUUAAGUCUAUGGUGUAUGCAUAUAAUUAGUGAUGUUUGCGCUCAUGGUCAACCAAAGGUUGGGGUCAGCCUGCAAGACUAGGGUGAAUCAGCCAAACAAAAGCAUCUGGAAGCAGCCUGCAGGAGCUCUCACAGUCUCCCAGAGGUACAUUGAGUAUAUAAGUUAUUUACCGGUAAUCACUUUGUCACGUGUGCUUUCUCUCACUGUAUAUGUCUCUCGAAGUGAAUUGACCUCAGUUUGCUUCAAUCUUCAAAGUGUUGGCUAAGUCAACUGCUAGCUCUUGAUUGGAUUUAAGGCUGUUCUGUGUGUGGUGAAAUAGGAAACUAUUUUUUUUAUUUUCCAAAUUAUUUUUUAAUGAAUAUUUAACUUCAGAAACAUUUCUUAGACCCUCAGGAUGAAAAUGUAAGAGCAGAUAUCAGAUAGCUGCAGAUAUCUCCUCUAAUUUAAGUUGUUGGGGGAUCAUUCCAUAUGAAAUGAGCCAAUUUUGAAAAACCUUCCCACUUGAACCCCUCACAUUUCCUUUAUUCACUUAUAUUGUGUGCCUCUACAUCUAAAACGAAUGUCUGCAAAGUUAUACCUCCAAAUUGUGAGUAUUUCUGAGACACCUACCCCAAUUUCUGAGAAGUGGCCUUCAGACCAGGUUAUCUUAGUAACAACUUCAGACUCAAGCAUGGUUUUUGGUGUGCAAACAAUCAACAUACUUUAUAAUGUCAUUCCCGGUCAAAUGACAUAAGCUUAAAUAUGGAUUUAUCUGUGAAAACACCAAUCAGUUGACUUUUUUUUACAUUUUCUACCAGGAGCAUCUACCUGGACAUCAAACAAAAUCAGGCUGAUUUCACAUGGAAUGACCCAGUGCCUUUUGUUUUUGGUGCUCUUAAGAAAAUGUACCUGUAACAGGACACAUGUAGCUAAAAUAUGAUGAAAGCAUCCUACUUGUUAUAUAGGUUUGAGUGUUGUUAAAACACAAACUCACUUUUACUGCAGAUGAACUCCUCUGUACUUACUUGAAGUGUUUCCAAAUACACCUUUUCUUAAAACUCAAAAUCAUCAAAUACUGGAACACCUACACGUCAGCAUUACCAAACUUCCCAGGUAUUACCUGAGGAAUGUUGUGUGUUAUGCAGAUCUUUACCUUUCACAUUUUAAAUGAAGUGCUGGCUUAGAAGGGAAAACUCCACACACACUCUGUGUAAUUUGUCAGUUGAUUCAAGUAAGAUCCAGUUAUUAUUUACAUAAAUUGUUACUAUUAACUAUUAAAUCAAAUGGUUCAAGUAAACACAUAGCAGCCAGGACACACACACACACACAAAGCUUCUGUGUGCCGUUUCAUUGUCAUUCACUGUACAAUCACAAAAUAAUUGUCACAAUAAACACUCUGCUACAGGG